AAGUCUUCCCCUGCUCUCUUCGUCUACGGUCUAGACCCACACGACCUGCAAAACCAACCUCACUCUCUCUCUUUCUCUUUCUCUUUCUCUCGCACUUAACUCAGAGCUCGAUUUGGCCGUCAAUGGCGGCCUCGGAGACCUCAAACGGAACCGCCUUAAGAUACGCUUUCGGAAAUGUUCUCUCCUUCUUCAUCCUCCUCCUGAUCGGCGUUCUCGCAUUCUCGAUCCGACUUUUCUCCGUUAUAAAGUACGAGAGUGUUAUUCACGAGUUUGAUCCUUAUUUCAAUUAUAGAGUCACUCAGUACCUGACAAAGAAUGGAAUAUAUGACUUUUGGAACUGGUUUGACGAUCGGACUUGGUAUCCUCUUGGUCGUGUUAUUGGCGGAACUGUUUACCCCGGAUUGACAUUGACCGCAGGCACCUUAUAUUGGAUUUUGAAUUCGUUGAACAUUCCUCUGUCUGUGGAGACUGUGUGUGUAUUUACUGCACCUAUAUUUUCUGCUUUUGCGUCAUGGGCUACUUAUCUUCUGACUAAGGAAGUUAAGGGUGCUGGUGCUGGACUGACAGCAGCGGUUCUUUUGGCCAUGGUUCCAUCAUAUAUAUCCCGAUCUGUGGCUGGCAGCUAUGACAAUGAAGCCGUAGCUAUAUUUGCCUUGAUCUUCACCUUUUUCCUUUAUAUAAAGACAUUGAAUACAGGAUCCCUCUUCUAUGCCACUUUAAAUGCCAUAGCAUACUUUUACAUGGUUUGCUCUUGGGGAGGAUACACCUUUAUUAUUAACCUUAUACCGAUGCACGUUCUUCUGUGCAUUGUAACUGGUCGCUAUUCUUCUCGACUGUACAUUGCAUAUGCCCCCCUUGUUGUCUUGGGAACGUUGUUAGCUUCAUUGGUGCCUGUUGUUGGAUUCAAUGCAGUCUUGACAUCAGAACAUUUUGGAUCAUUUUUGGUUUUCAUUAUUAUCCAUGUGGUGGCUCUUGUGUAUUAUAUCAAAGGGAUUCUCUCUCCAAAAAUGUUCAAAGUUGCUGUUACCCUUGUUGUAUCUAUUGGCCUGGUAGUGUGUUGUGCUGUGAUAGCAGUACUUGUAGCACUGGUAGCUUCAAGUCCGACAAAGGGAUGGAGUGGACGAAGUUUGAGUCUGCUUGAUCCAACAUAUGCAAGCAAGUACAUUCCAAUUAUUGCUAGUGUUAGUGAGCAUCAACCUCCUACUUGGCCUUCUUAUUUUAUGGACAUUAAUGUCUUGGCAUUCUUGGUUCCUGCUGGCAUUAUUGCAUGCUUCUCGCCCCUGUCUGAUGCAAGCUCCUUUGUGAUCCUUUAUAUUGUGACAUCAGUUUAUUUUUCUGGAGUCAUGGUGCGGCUUAUGCUUGUACUUGCUCCAGCAGCAUGCAUCAUGUCUGGGAUUGCUCUCUCAGCAUCUUUUGAUGUUUUUACACGAUCAAUCAAAUUUCAGUUACCUGGAGUAAAAGGAAAUUCCCAAGUUGAUGCAGGGGAUACUAGUUCUGAAGGUGUUGUAGCGCAAAAUGAGGUUGCAAAGACUGACAAAAAUGAAGAGGCAUUGAAGGAACGACCCUCAAAAAAGAAUAGGAAGAAGGAAAAGGAGCAUGUGGAAAAGCCUUCUGUUAAGGCCCAAAUUAAGAAGAGGCUACUGGUUUUACCUUUUGAGGCAUCUAUCAUUGCCAUUCUCUUGCUAAUAUUGCUGGGUGCCUUCUAUGUGGUUCACUCUGUCUGGGCGGCUGCUGAAGCUUAUUCUGCUCCUUCUAUUGUUCUAACAUCUUAUUCGCAUGAUGGUCUUCAUGUUUUUGAUGAUUUUCGAGAGGCUUAUUCAUGGUUGAGCCAUAACACUGAGGUGGAUGACAAAGUUGCAUCUUGGUGGGACUAUGGGUACCAAACUACUGCUAUGGCUAAUCGUACUGUCAUUGUUGACAAUAAUACCUGGAAUAACACACAUAUUGCAACUGUUGGUACUGCCAUGUCUUCUCCUGAGAAGGCAGCUUGGGAAAUUUUUGACUCCUUAGAUGUGAAAUAUGUUCUUGUUGUCUUUGGAGGUCUUGUUGGCUACCCGAGUGAUGAUAUCAAUAAGUUCCUGUGGAUGGUUCGAAUAGGAGGCGGUGUAUUUCCUCAUAUCAAGGAACCUGAUUACCUUAGAGAUGGUCAGUAUCGGAUUGAUUCUCAGGCCACUCCAACCAUGCUUAAUUGCCUCAUGUAUAAACUCUCAUAUUACAGAUUUGUGGAGACAGAUGGUAAAGCCUUUGAUAGGGUCAGGCGAACAGAAAUUGGAAAGAAACAUUUCAAACUCACCCAUUUUGAAGAGGUAUUCACAACUCAUCAUUGGAUGGUUCGCAUAUACAAACUGAAACCUCAGAAGAACAGGAUCCGGGGAAAGGCCAAGAAAUCAAGAUCGAAAGCAAGCUCAACAACUAGCACGAAACGAAGCGAAACACAAAGGAAGAAUCCUUGGCACUGAAGAUCUCAUUUAUCUUAUCUGAUAGGCAUUUUCUAAAUUCAGUUACUGUAGUUGAUAAAUGUAUGUCGGAGCCGAUGGAGAAGGAUUGAGCUGUCAUGGUUAGUACUAUUACAGAAAUGCAAAUGACCGGUCAAGGAUUUUGCAGCCUCAUAUAUCCUGUAAUUUCUCAUCUUUAACAUUCGGGUGGAGCAGAUGGAAGAGAACAAUUUUGCAUUAGUUGUUUGAGCAUGGCGCUUAGUGAUACAUUUUUAUUUUUCCCUCUUUUUGAGAAUGCUUAGUGAUAUAUUUGAGCUUGUGGCUUUUGUGGCCCAUUAAAGGACGGUUUCUUUUUA